UCUUCCCCAUUCCGUGUUCCCUAACCCUUUCUCCUCUCCCUCUCCCUCUCGUACCAGUACCACCCUCGGCCUUAUUCGCUUAUGCGAUAACGCCCGGCAUCCGGAGUUCUCGCCGGCCCCCGCUCCCGCCAGUGGCGGGUGGCGCCCAUCGGGUAAUAUCGCCCCCUCCCCUCCUCUCGUAAAAUUGUCUCCUUUUCUGCUUCCUGGUUCCGGAUCGGACUCCUCCGGCGGCCUUCAUCCAAGCAACCAUCCACCCCGUGCCUGCAUCUGGCCGCAGCCGCUCCGAUAGAGCGGCAUCAUUGCCGCUCCCUAUUCUCAUCUCUGCCGUCGCCGCCAUCGGCGCCGGGACCACCCGCCAGAUACGCCUGUGCAACUGUCCUUAUCGACAGCUCCGCCGCCUCGACGCCCUCUCCGCCCAUCUUCCACUACCUCACUUUACGCUUUGCCCCCACCGCCGCUGGCGCCUUGUCGCCUAAUCCGCCGGAUCAUCGCCGGUCGCCCCUGCCACCACCUGCGGCCGGGGCCGCCAGAGUUGCUGAUGCGGAUGCCUCUAUUUAUCCUCACCCGCCGCCGCAAUCGCAAGCCCAGGCCAUCGGAUGAGCGCGCCACCGCCGCUAUCCGCCCAAUUCACCGCUCCCGCCUAAGCUCUGCCAUUGCUAGGAAGAGUUUGUCCCAGCGCGGCCGGUUGCGUGCGUCCUGCGAUGACGACCGCCUCAGCGCCCUCACCGACGAUCUGCUGCUCCUCAUCUUGCAGCGCCUCGAUACCCGCAGCGCUCUCACCACCACGGCCCUCUCCAAGCGCUGGGCCAGCCUACCGCGUGGGCUUGACGCCCUCAAUUUCAGGGUCAGUGACAUUCUCCCGCCCCGCUACCACCGGUGCAUCCGACUCCACAGGGAAGCAUCUAUUCAUGCUUAUGGCUUCAUGGCCGAUUUCAAGGUGCUCUGUGCCAGCAUUCGGCGGUACGAGCGCCGUGCCAUGCGCGCCAUGGCUGCGUCCAUCAACAACUUCCUGGACGCGGAUGACGAUCAUGAUCAUGACGGCCGAAGUCCCCGGAGUGUCCGUACGUUGAGGCUCGAGUUCUUUGCUACCCAGUGCUCCAGCUGCAUCAGCCACUUGACAGCCAAGGCUGUUGAUGCCUGGGGGGUCGAAGAUCUUGAGGUUUCAGCUAAGGGUACAUUCUGGCGGCAGGAUGCCCACAGUUUUCCCCACCAUGGUCUCUGCAACGAUCCGCACAAGUCUCGUCUGAGAAGCCUGAAGCUGGCAGCCUGUUAUAUUCCGCCAUUGCAGGGCUUCCACGCGCUCACCACUCUGGUGUUGCAAGAUUUGCCAAAAUUGACUCCAACAGCAGCCUAUGAGGCUAUUUUCACCUUGUGCCCACAGCUACACGCACUGCACCUCAAGUCCUGCAAUUUCAACCAAGGUGUCGUGGCUGUCUGUGCCCCCAGAUCAGAGAUCAAGCAGCUUAUCGUGGAGCAUUGCUCAUGUGGAGAGAUCAAGCUGUACACUCUCCCAAUGCUUGAGAGCAUGGCUGUUGUGGACACUAGAGUGAUUUACAAGCUUAGCUCCUUCCCAUACCUUACGCACUUGAAUAUUACCAAAUGCCAUGGCAUCAUAAAAAGCCGUAUGUUUCACUUUACACCUGGUUUGGACCUCAAGCUUUAUCUUGGAGGCGCCCCAGGAAUAACCAACCUCAUUGUCCGUUUCACUGGAUAUGAUAGAUGGUUUAAGCCGUGGAGCCCCGCAUUGUUGUUUCCUAAACUCAGGAGGCUUCUGAUUGCCGAUGUGCCUUCAUCCUGGGAUGUCUCUUGGCCCCGCCUCCUCAUCGAGGCGGCGCCAUGCCUUGAGAGCCUUCACAUCCAUAUUAGCCCUUGGGAAGAGGAGCCUUGUGAUGACAUUUCGUGGCAGUCCCCUGAGUUCUGCCACAAACAGCUAAAGGAGUUGGUAAUAGUUGGUUUUGAUGGAACAGAAAGACAGAUUUACUUUAUUAACUUUGUUAUUAAAGUAUCAACAGCGUUGCAGCUCAUUUCCUUGUACAAAAACGGACAUGUUCAGGACAGGGGGCAUUGGGACUGGGACAUGGUGACGCAGCAAUACCAGUGGGGCGAUGAGGUGAAAGUCAAAAUACUGAACCAGAUUGCUAAUAGUGAUCCUUGCUCAGCAACUCCCAUUCAAGUAGUUCUGGAGUAAUCUGCAGCGUGUGUGAGUUGAAUAAAACGCAUAAGAUAUCUAUGCAUAGUUUGUGCUCCCAAUUUAAUUUAUGUAAUUUAAGUUUGUUUCAAGUAGUUCUGGAGUGAUCUCCGAUGUGUGUGAGUUGAAUAAAAUGCAUAAGUUAUGUAUGCAUAAUUUGUGCUCCCAAUUUAAUCGAUGUAAUAUAUAAAAUGGUUACUAGUCAGUUGAUCCACUUAUUAUUUUUGUGUUGUGUAGAGCAUGAACUUGUUGAUCAACAACUGUAUAUGCUAGUCUGUUUAUUCUCUUCUCU